AUGUCAAACCCCGGUUCAAUGGAUCGAAUGGAGGCUGACUACGACGUUGAAAAGGUCGACCUCGCCAGGCACGACGUUCUCUAUGUUUCAGACGUAGCUCCUGUCGCAACAGGAAAACAGCUGGAUGAGAGGCAGAAUCGCAAUUAUGAUGCUGCUGCAAUCUUCUUCGCUGAGCUUGCUCGGCGCCCAGAUGCUGACGAACUGAUGGCCCCUUGGACCCCAAAAGAAGAGGAAGCUGUUAAGCGCAAGCUUGAUUUGAUCGUCCUUCCAUUGGUUACGAUAUCUCUUCUCCUCGGAGGUACCGAUAAGGUGAUUCUUAGUACGGCCGCGACUUUCGGCUUGAAGACCGAUCUUCAUCUGGUCGGUCAGCAGUACUCUUGGGCCAGCUCAAUCAUUUUCUUUGGAUCUAUGCUCACUGUUCUCCCUCAAACAUGGUUAUGCCAAAGGCUUCCGACCGGAAAGAUCUUUGCCACAAACGUCUUCUUCUUUGGUGUCAUGACGUUCGCUAUCAUGGGCGCAAAGAACGCUGCUUCCUUACAAGCUAUCCGUUUUAUUUUGGGUAUGUUUGAGGGCAUGAAUACUUCUGGUGCAGGUUUGGUCAUUAAUAUGUGGUGGCCCAAAGAAGAGCAAGGUUGGCGUACUGUCCUCAUAUUCAACACUUUCUCAUCGGUUCUCAACGGCCUAUUUUCCUAUGCCGUGCAGUUUUAUACACCAACAAAGCUCCUAUCUAGAUGGCAAUUGUUGUACCUCAUCACAGCCUGUAUCUCUGUUGCCUUCGGCGUGGUCGACUGGUUCUGCCUUCCAGCUAACGCUACCAAGGCAUGGUGGCUUACCGACCGCCAGAAAUACAUUGCCGUCCAGAGGUUGGCUAAAAAUCAGACAGGAAUGGUUAAUACCCAUUUCAAAUGGGACCAUGUCAAAGAGGCUCUUUUGGAUCUUCGCACAUAUCUUUACUUCCUGAUCAGUAUCACUUUGAACAUCCCCAACGGCGGCUUAAGCGGUUUCUAUUCCAUCGUGAUUCAAGGGUUGAAUUUCAACACCAAACAGCUUUCCCUCUUGAACAUCCCGACCGGUGUCAUCGGAUGGAUUGCCGCUUUAUUUUGGGUCUUCCUAGCCAAGUAUACUCGACAGCCUCUUCUUUGUGCCAUGGGAUCAGUCCUGGUGUGUCUUGCUGGAACCAUCGUCCUAAAAGUAGUACCCAAAUCAAACAUCGGUGGCUCUCUAGCGGCUCUUUACAUCGUAUACAUGUACUGGGCGCCAUACAUGGUGUUCGGGCAACUUCUCAUGUAUGCUAACGUUGGCGGCACCAGUAAGAAAGUAGCUGUUUUCACAAUUUCUUAUCUAGGGUACUGUGUCGGUAAUCUGGUUGGCCCUCAGUCCUUCCUCUCGAGAGAAGCACCGGGCUACCCCACAGCGUACACUGUGAUGUUGGCAGGUUACUGCGUCUCAAUCGGGUUAAUGAGUCUUUAUGGAUUUCUUUGCUGGAGGGACAAUAAGAAGAAGGUUGCCCAAGGUACCGAAUGGCAGAAGAGCGUAACGAGUCAAGACACUACGGUCCCUGAAGAAUGGAAGGAUUUGACGGACAAGCAGAACCCCAAGUUCCGAUACACCUUCUGA